AUGGGGCCACCGCCACCUCCGUCUGUCGUCACCGAGGACGAGGGCAGCUACGUCGUCGUGGACCUGUCCCUGACGCUGGGCCAGGCCUCGCCGCCACACUCCUCGUCCUCCCUCGACCACGCAACACCCGCCGCGGCUAGUAGUUCUAGCUCCGACGGCGCAGCCACCGGCGGUGCCAGCAGGGCCGGCGGCGGCGUGAGGCUGUUCCCGUGCCUCUUCUGCAACAAGAAGUUCCUCAAGUCGCAGGCGCUCGGGGGCCACCAGAAUGCGCACAAGAAGGAGAGGAGCAUCGGGUGGAACGCCCACCUCUACCUCCCGGCGGCCGCGGAGACGACGACGACCACCGCCGACGCUCAUCCCGCCACGGCUGCUACGCCCAUCAGCAGCAGCCACACGCCGCCGCCGGCCCUGCCCAUGAUCCAGGCUGUCUCACACUCGUGCCGGCCCCACGAGUACCCUAGCAGCCACCAGCAGUGGGCGCAGCCGGACGGCGGCGCCGCGGCGCCAUUGGAGACGACGACGGCGUGGUGGUACGUGGAGGAGGAGAAGCAGAGGCAUGUUGACCUCAAUCUCAAGCUCUAG